AGGGAGGAAUGGUAGCUGAGGAUGUUGCGUAGUCGGCAGUACGGGAGCUUGAAAGGGGGUUUUUAUUGUCGUUGGUUUCGGAAGCGCGUGGUGUGUGUUGCUGCCGUCGGGGGUUGGUUUUGUGUUAUAUUCUCAUUCGGUGAAGGUUUUGUGAGGAGUGCAUUACGAGGAUAACGUUUCAGUCAUGGAUUUUGUUUUCAUUAAAGGUGUUACAGAACGAAUUUUAGCGUGGUUGGUGAUGCCAUCGAGUGCGGUGUUUAUUUGAACGAUCUCUACUUCCAGUGAAAGCAAUCAUCUUUCGCAUGUCUUCCCCGGUCCUCUUUGACUUGCUCCUACCUUGAGGCGAUUUCAUAUGUCACGGCGUAGCUAAACUGCCUUGCGAUAUACCAGGAUUUUCACAAUAGCUUCUCAGGGUGAAGGGCAUGUCCUGUGUCGGAAGCGCGAUCCUCGAAAAAUGACACACACUUUGUUCCUCACUAUUGAUCAAUUGCCAGCCUGAACCUGUAAUCUACGUUUGUAGACCGCGGUGAAUUUGACCCUGUCUCACAGAGCUUAUUUUCUUUUUGAAGUCACCCUGCGGCAUGCAUUCGUCUCUUGGUCAUUGCCUCAUGAGGAACAGAGAUUUGGGUAUCGGCACUCCUCGUGUAUAGUUUCGAAGAGAAAAAUUCUUCCUUGUAAUAACAAAAGUCUUACAGUUUAUCCGUGAACCAUACACGUACAUUGUUGAUCAAACUGAAUAGCUGCAGAGCUUCCUGAAGCCACUAGAUUAUUGAAUUAGACAAAAUUGCAACGUUACCCGUAAGAAUGCCUGGACUGCGCUAUUCCGGACCGAUUGUAACUACAAUGUAUGUAAGCUACCCCUUCUUCUGUGACCAGAUGCACAGCGACACAGACGCGACAUGGGACUCUGUAGAUCUUAACACACUACAAUUCGCAGUUGCGGAUGCCAUGCCCUCCGCUCCCAGCAGGCACAAAUCACGUCGCACUCCACAGCGUUACGCGUCGUGGAUUACAGGCAAGGCGGGCUCUGGGUCCAACGUCCUCAGCAGCCAAGGUUGUUCUCUGGCUGUUAGUGCUCCAGCGCAAGGCAACUAUGACAACGACAGCGACGACCUUGCGUCAAUGGUACAUGAUUUCAUUGAGAACGAUUCUCCUGGCUUCCCCAACGAAGACGACAGUGACAGCGGAUCUCCUGGCGUCACCAAGCUUGGUGACAACUUGCAGGCGUUGACUUCUUCAUAUGGAGGUAUAGAGGCAGAGCUCUUAAAUGUCGUCCGGAGGCUUGUUUUGGGUAUCGACAUCGACACGGACUUGAUUUGCAAUUCCGAAGGCACUAAUUGCAGGGGUGGAUGUAUCAAGCGCUUGGUUGUCAAGCAGUUGCGUGCCGCAGGUUUCGAUGCGGCUAUUUGCAAAGCGAAAUGGGAAGGAAAUGGAUGUGUUCUGAGAGGCACAUUACACAUGGGUGAGUACGAGUACAUCGAUGUGGAAGGCUCCGGGGAGCGUUUGAUAGUGGAUGUGGACUUCCAGGAGCAAUUCGUACUAGCGAGGGCGACCCCUGACUACCUCACUACUCUCAAGCUUCUUCCCACUGUUUUAGUGGGGACGACGGAGAGAUUGGAGCAAAUUCUUCCAAUUAUGUCAGAAGCAGUGAAAACAUCCUUGAAUCAAAACUCCAUGCCGCUUCCGCCGUGGCGCACUCUUGAUUUCAUGAGCUCCAAGUGGCUUUCACCCCAUGAACGUGUCAUAGAUAGGUCGUGGCCGUGUGUGCCCAGAGGUUCCCUGAGUGUCAGUCUGAAAGGACGGCUUGCACCCAUGCUUGAGAGCAGGCCAUGUGAUGUACAUUUACGACGUAUUAAAGAUUCUCUCCUUUCGGAAGUGAAUGGCUCAGCAAUGAACAUACUGGGGCGGGAUAGAACUCGUCAGUACUCGAAGUCACGAGCCAAACGAAGCAUUCUUUGAGUCUUAACGUCGGCAGGGCUGGACGAUCCUUGACAAUAUCACAGAUUUUACUUGCGGCUAUCUAGUGUGGACUGCUUCCUUCAUCACAUAGACUACCAGUUGAUUUCUGAGGAGGUUAAGUUAUCUAGACCUCACGGCAUCCUUACUGCAUGCACUGUACUGAGACCCUUUCGAUUUUUCCUAGUUUCUUAGAUGUGGGGAUUAGGAAACCACGGGCAUUCUAAGAGAGCUUGCCCUAGCGGAUUCCAGAUCUGCAAUACCCACUUCGUAUAGUCGUUUAUUAAAGCGAAUGUAAACCAGAUGUGCCUAGUGGACAGUUGCGCGACACUUUUCGUGUAUCAAGGUUAAUAAGUCGUGUAGAGAUGGUCACGCAUGAUUCUAAGGAUGUAUGUAUAUAUAUAUAUAUGUAUGUAUAAUGCACACAUAUACACGUAUCUAUCCCUCGUUGCAGUUUGA